AGAAGAUAAUCUCUACAUGAGUGAACGUCCCUCCUGGCUAUGUGUUCAAUGGUUCAGAGACUGUAUAUAAAGGAAGAGUGGGCCCUUUAAGUUUUCAUCUUCUUCAGAUCCUCGAUCAGUCUUUGAGACGGACAUUUCCGUAGUCAAACUGCCAUAAUGUACAAGUCUGUUAUCGCUGUUCUUCUCUUGGUCGCCAUGGUUACCGCCAAUGGUGGAUACGGAGGUGGUUACGGUGGAGGCUGGGGAGGAUUCGGUGGAGGAUGGGGAGGACUCGGUGGUGGAUAUGGAGGUAAAGGUGGAUGGGGCUACGGUGGAGGACUAGGAGUCGGCCUUGUUGGUAUUGGUGGAUUCGGUGGACUCGGCGGAUGGGGACGUGGCGGCGGAUACGGAUACGGAGGUGGAUACGGAGGCGGAUAUGGUGGUGGAUACGGCGGUGGAUACGGUGGUGGAUACGGUGGAUACGGCAAAGGUGUUGUCAGCGUCUUGCCCGUUGUUGGAGUCAGUGGUGGCUAUGGAGGCUACGGCUAUGGCGGCAAAGGAUACUACUAGAAGAUAAAUCUGAGCUAUUUUACACAUUACCAUUUAGAAUACAAUCAUGUAAUUAAAGUAACAGAGAUAGAUCAAA